AUUGUUACCUUGAGUGGGAAGAAGAUUACAAAGAUGCCCUCAUCAUUAGAUAAACUGCCUGGCCUCAAGACCUUAAACCUUCAGAAUAACCGAAUUUCCAAGGUGUGCUCAGAGAUAAGCACCUUGACCCAGGUUUGAAUGCUACAUGGAUUGUCCCCACUUUCCAUUUGUUUACGUAUAUGUUUGUUUAACAAAUAUUUACCAUUCAUCUUCUUGUGUCUGUGCUGGUUACAAGAAUAUAAAUGUGAAAAACACAUGGACCCUAUCUCCUUGUUUGAGGAUUAAGUUGAAUGUUAACAUAUGUGAAGCUCAAGGCCUGGUGCGUAGGAACUUUUCAAUUGACAGUACUAAAUCUGGGAAAUAAUCUUUUAGAAGAAAUUCCAGAAGAGAUGAAAUACCUUAUAUCCCUGAAGAAGCUUCAUUUAUUUGGAAAUAAGAUUUGUAAAUUUGCAUCUGGAGCAUGUGAUGGCUUACAGAAUUUGAUUCUGCUUAAUCUGAACAACAAUGAGCUGGCAUGGAUUCCUCAAGAAAUCAGCAGAUUAAAAAACCUUAAAUAUUUGAGUAUAAAUCAUAACCAGCUAGCCAGCAUUCCUAAAGAACUUUGUUUUCUUAAGAAUCUUUUUGAACUUCACCUUAACUACAAUCAGCUCAUUUGCAUACCUGAAGAGAUUAAGUUCUUGAAGAAGCUCCAGAAGCUUCUUCUGGUCAGGAACAAUAUUGAAGUUCUGCCAAAGGGAGUUUGUCGUCUUAAAAACCUAAGAAUCCUAGACAUAGCUGGAAAUAUUAUUCAGACAUUUCCAUCAGGAUUUCAGAACCUGAAGCUGAGGGAAUGCUACUGUGAAGGAAACCCUCUGUUCCUGAAGGAGCCAGUUACCGCUGUACAACAGGAUGAUGUCUGGAGUCUACAGGAAAUAACAUCAAGAUUUAUAAUGAAUGAGCUCUCAGAAAAGAAUCCUUUUGUAAUGCAAGCUAUAACAUGGCACCCACUGGUCAGGAACAUAAUGUCUCAGAGAAGAAAAUGUGCAAUAUGUGAAAAGUACUUUUUAACAAUAUGGCUGGAAUGUGUUGAAUUUGUUCCUCCAUCAAAGAAAUGGAAGAUAAGCAGAAAUCUACAGCUGGUACCUCUUCAAAUAUUAAUUUGUUCUUACACAUGUUUUAAUCAACGCGGCCCUAACCUCUUUGGAAUUGCUCAAGUAUAGAGCCGGUGAGAAGCUCAUUUAGAGACUCACAUGACUUGCCCCAUCAGUUCCGCACACAAAGUCAGAUUAUGCCCUACUAUGGUACCGUGCUGUCUCUCCUCUCUUUGCCAAUACAUUAAGCAAAGGAAGAAAAAGAAUUUACUUGUAAAGAUCCCAACUUAAGCACUAUAGUCUACUGUUAGCUUGUUUAGACUCUAGGUGUGCUGUUUCUUCUUUGACUUAAAAACAAAAUAAAGAAGGGAAAAAUAAA